GCGCGUUUCAGACCAGGGAGAACACUUUGGCACUGCUUUGCGUCUAAGAGUCUGCUGUGAUGGGGGAGAGAGGCCUGCUCAUCCUUCUGCUUGCAGGGUUUUGUGUGCCUGCAUACAACCAGAUCAGAAAACACGUGUUUGUGGAAACUAAGAAGAGUUGGUCUGAAGCUCAGAGGUACUGUAGAGAGAAUCACAUAGACCUGGCCACUGUGCGCAGCCAGGAAGAUGCAAAGCAGCUUUUAAAUAUUGCAGGAGCUUCUCUCGGGGAUUCCUGGAUCGGGCUGUAUCGUGAUGACACACAGAACUGGCAGUGGUCUAACAGCGAUGAUGUCAUCUACUCCAACUGGAGGGCAGACAUCUUCUGUGCUUCUGUCAAUUUAGAGGGAAAGUGGAUUGAUUUACCCUGCCACCUUCAGAAAGCCUUCAUGUGCUACAAAGAGCCCAGCAACAUCACUGAGAGAUACACCCUGAUUGAAGAACUGAAAACCUGGACUGAAGCUCAGCAGUACUGUAGAGAACACCACACCGACCUCGUCAGUAUAAAGAACGCCAGUGAAAAUGAAGAAAUAGUGAAGAAAGCGCAGGGCAAGCCCUUCUGGAUAGGCCUGUUCAAUGAGCCCUGGAAGUGGUCACACCAGGGGGAUAACUACACAUUUCACAACUGGAACUAUGGGGAACCAAACAAUUGGGGAGGGGGUGAGAAGUGUGUGGCGAUGAGUAAGACUGCUGGAUGGAAUGACUAUGGCUGCAACAAUCAGUUGCCCUUCUUCUGCUGUGAGGGCGGCUCCUCUGGUCAGUGUUUCUAUGAAAGAACUUGGAAGACAUGGCAGGAAGCUCAGAGCUACUGCAGAAACCAAAGCAGAGACCUGCCCAGUAUUCAAGACCAGGCCAGGGUUAAUGAGCUUAUAGGUCUUAUACCUUCAACUAAUGACUCUGUUCACUGGAUCGGGCUGUAUCGUGACAAAGAGAACUGGCAGUGGUCCAGUGGAGGUGAUGUCAUCUACACUAACUGGGAACGAUACCUCUUCUGUGCUUCAGUCAAUGCGAAGGGAGAGUGGGAGGAUUCACUCUGCAGUCAGGGAAACUAUUUCAUGUGCUACAGCGAGCCCAGCAACAUCACUCAGAGCUACACCCUGAUUGAAGAACUGAAAACUUGGACUGAAGCUCAGCAGUACUGUAGAGAACACCACACCGACCUAGUCAGUAUAAAGAACGCCAGUGAAAAUGAAGACCUAGUGAAGAAAGCGCAGGGCAAGCCCUUCUGGAUAGGCCUGUUCAAUGAGCCCUGGAAGUGGUCACACCAGGGGGAUAACUACACAUUUCACAAGUGGAACUAUGGGGAACCAAACAAUUGGGGAGGGGGUGAGAAGUGUGUGGCGAUGAGCAAGACUGAUGGAUGGAAUGACUAUGGCUGCAACAAUCAGUUGCCCUUCUUCUGCUGUGAGGUAUUAUCAGCAGGCAGUCCACUCCCCGAGGAGCUCCACCUGAUCUCUCACAGUAUGGUCUGGCCGGAGGCUUGGCAGUACUGCAGGGAUCGCUACACUGACCUAGUGAGCCUCACAAGCCUGGCUGCACAGAACAGAGUGUCGGAGCUCGUCAGGAACAGCACUGCGUCGCGAUUCUGGAUCGGCCUGCACAGAACCGUUGUGUAUGAUAACUGGUACUGGGUUGCUGGUAAGGAUAAGAAGGCCCGUCUAAACUACACUAACUGGGCCCCCGGAGAGCCCAACAAUCCUUACUAUGAGCACUGUGGGGAGAUGGUGCUGCGGAAGGAUGGGGGGGCUGAGUGGAAUGAUCUGUGCUGCUAUGAACAGCUCCCCUUUAUCUGUUUCAAAGAUUAAAAACAUCCUGAAAAGCUUUUACAGCAGUGGCUCUCAAACUAUCUCCAGC